UGGCAGGCUUCAUCCCCCUCAGCCAGUCUGACCGCCCACAGUCCAAGGGGGAGAGAAAGUGCUGCUUUGUGAAUGACGGGAGCGGCGGAGGACACAAAACCAAACUUUAGCGCUCACAUUUCCGACGAUUCUCCAUCCAGCGGAGGAAGUUCUGGACGCACCGAGCCUCGGAGCCACCUGGCCGAGGAGCAGCGAGCGAAACCCGAAGCUCCUGUUGAGGCAUUUCAGAGAAGCUGUAAAUCAUGAUGUUGAGUUUGGCCUGCGUCGUCUCUCUCAGCCUGGUGCUGGUGGUCAGUGGUGACCCCUGCCUCAUCAUCAGUGAGAUCAACGCCGACAACCCCCGACUGGACACCACUGAGUUUGUGGAGCUGUAUCACACCAGUGGAAAGCGGGCCUCGCUGGAGGGCUACACCCUUGUGUUCUAUAAUGGAAAUGGAAACAUUGCCUACAAGGUGCUGGACCUGAAGGGCUACAGCACAGAUGACCGUGGUUUCUUCCUGGUGGGCUCGGUGGACAUGCUGCCCAAACCGGCCAUCCUCCUGCCUCCAAACACCGUCCAGAACGGCCCCGACGCCAUAGUCCUCUACCACACAUCUGCUGCUCGCUACAAUGAGAAGAUGAACGUCACGGCUGUCGGGUUGGUGGACGCUGUCGUCUACAUGACUCGCCGCACUGGAGGUGCAGAGUUCCUCGCUGAAACUCUGACACCCGGUGAGCCAGCAUUCGUUGAGGAUGAAACGACGCUUGAGGGUGAUGAGUCGAUAGAGAGGUGCCUGCUGUCUGAAGAUCGAUGGGGCUUUCAGGUGUCUUCGCCGUCCCCAGGUCAAAGAAACAACUGCACCCCACCUGCUGCUGCUGCAACCAGUCCUGUUAUUACUGAGCUGAAGCUGGGUGGGGGGCAGGUGGAUGGAUUUGUAGAACUGACAGAGGCUCCGGCUGCAAGUCCUCUGGUGUUGGUGGUGUGGGAUGGGAAAACCGACAGGGUGAGUGUCGGGGUGGACGUGGAUGCGGAAAGCUCCAGGAAUGGACUGAUCUCCGUGACCAUAGAGAAGAACUACAUGAAAGGAGAUGAGUCAGGAGCAGUGGCCAUUUACAGCGGCAGAGCUACAGACUUCCCCGUUGGCAGUCCACUGAGUCAGAUACAGCCUCUAGACGCGUUUGUGUUUGCCGGACCUGGAAACAAGCCGAGUGCCAACCUCACCGAGACUCUCAUCCCUGGCAGGCAGCCGUACCAGCUGAGCAACAGUUUGAGAGAGGGAGGCUUCUAUCUCAGCCGCUGUGGUGUGGCUACGUGGCCCAGAGAUCCUGGCAUCUUCUGGGAGGCUCCACAGACUCCAGGCCUCCCCAACCAGUGCCCCUGGCCCAAGAUCUGCCCUCACAGUAUUGUAAUCCCAGGAGGGACGGACUCGCCGCCUCACCUCCCACCCUGGGGCAACAGUGACUUCCUGAUCAACGAGCUGAACACCGACACUCCGGGAGCCGCUGAGGACGGAGAGUACAUCGAGCUGUGGCACCCGUCAGGCCGCAGAGUCUCCUUGCAGGGCAUCUGGAUCUUGCUGUUCAGUGCCCACAACAACAAACCCUACAGGGAGAUCAGCCUGAGCGGACACUUCACCACCUCCAAAGGAUACUUCCUGCUGGGCAGCGACAGGUUGGUUCCAGCUCCAUCACUUCGCCUUCCUCCCAACACCAUCCAGAACGGGCCGGAUGCCGUGGCGCUCUAUCGCAGUCCUUUUGGGCCUCCGUCAGCUGCACAGAGGGGCAUCCCCACUAAAGGCCUGCUGGACGCAGUGGUGUACCGACAGAGAGGAUCCGAUCAGGAGGCCCAGGAGCUGAGUAAAGCUCUGACACCAGGACAGCUGCCACUGCUGGAGGAUCCAGAGGUUCUGCCUGGUGACGAGGCGCUGAGCCGCUGUAGAGGCCUUUACCCCUAUGACCUGUCUGCUUUUUCAGUGGCUCCACCCACCCCUCUGAGAGAAAACAGCUGCCCUCGUCCUCCUCCAGCCCCUGAAGGUGUGGUCAUCAGUGAGGUGGCUAGCGGACACUGGACCAAUCACAGCCGGCAGAGGGCCUUCGUGGAGCUGCAUGGGCCUCCGAUGACAGACCUGCGGGGCCUGGUGCUGUCUGUGUUUGACCAGGAGCGAACGGGGACCGUCAUUGCACUUCCGCUGACUGGAUUUAUUGACCAGAAUGGAUUUUACAUGGUCGGAAAUGUCACUGGAGCAGAUCAGACCUUCCCGGAGGGCUCCACGGUGCCGGUACGAGGAGCAGUGGUCCUGUGCUACGACCUGUUCAGUGUCUGUAGAGCUGGAACUGCUCUGACCAACUCUAGCCUCAGAGAUGUGCUCGUGUUCAGCGAAAACCAGCAGCUGCUUUCCUCUCUGUCCACCAGCAGAGGGAGACAUGUGAUGCCAGCUCUCAGGUCAGUGGAGGAUGGUCCUGUGUCACUCAGCCGGUGUUCAUGCUGUGAGGUGAGGAGCUCCUCCUCCUGGACAAGCUCUUCUCCAACUCCUCACAGCGCCAAUCUCUGUCCGAGCUCCGCCUUCUCCAGUCGGAUUGAUCUUUGUCUGGGACCUCUGUCCAGCGACUGGCAGGGGCAGUCAAGAGACUGCAGUGGCCUAAUUCACGGGAAGAGAGUGGCUGAGGUGGCCGACUACUUGGAGCAGAGGUGUCACUGUGGCAUCUCUGCCUUGUACCUCCAAGGAGCCAAUUUCUCCUGUGUGUCCGGGUGGCUGCGAGUGUGGGGGAACAUCCAAGCGCUGUCGGACCAUCAGAAGGCCCUCAUCAUCCAGACGUCACACAUGAAUCCGUCAUCUGCUGAAACGGACGUCUGUUCUUCUCCCACCACCGGUCGGUACACGGGAGCAGCGUCUGCACUGGGUCUACAGAUAGGCCUGAUAGUAGCGGUUCUCCUGCUGCUGGGACUAGGAGCUGCUCUGUUCACAUAUUUCUACAGGAGGAGGCGUCCUCUGGACUACUACACCAUGGAGCUGAGUGAACACGCAGAGGGUCUGUCAGACCUAUAAUCCACAGUUUCCAUCUAUGUGUUUGCAUCUGGAAGUGCAUCGUGGGCAUUGGAGGACUUCAGCAGAGAGAGAAGCAGCAGCGGUAAUCAGAGGCUCAGUUGACCUGUUCAUAACUAAUUGUGCGGCUGUUCUGAAAUGAAUGCCACCAAGUGUCCUUCUCUGUGUCUUUGGAAGAUCCCUGAUGAAAACGACUUGUAGUUGUUGGUUAAUGAAGUGGUUGCGUGCGGUGCAGCGUGAUAUUGCGCGGCACUAGUCGCAUCAAAUUAGGCAACAUGGCAUGAUAAGGUAGUUUUCUAAGGAAGGAGAUGCAGCCUUUGCCUGUGAACAGUGCUGGUUACUACUUUUAAGGGAAAGGAAGAUAUAUGGGAGGGAUUUUUUAAAAAAUACUUGAGUCCUAAAUGGUCAUUUUUGUUGACGUCUUUAUGUUACUGUGGAUAAAGCCUUUUAAAUUUGCAAAUUUAAAAUGACUAUGCUUUUGAUUUAUGCGGGAAGCUCAUCUGGUACAGUGUUUUAACAGGUUUUAUAACCAAGAUAAUAUUUGUUAAUAAUAAGCUCACAGUUGUUCUUCAAAAUGGGUCGACCUCCUGCUUUGUUUUCCUUCUAUAUGCUGUAAUCGUCCAUUUUAGACUCUUGCCACUCGAGGGGCUCCUUUAAAUGUGAAUGUCUCUAACUUGUAAUGAGUGUCUGUAACCACUUGCGUGUGCUUGCUUAAAGCAAACUGUUUACAUUUUCUUGUUUAGAAGAAAGUACUGUGUGAAAGUUGAAGUAAUUUCUUGAAUGAAGACUAUUUUUAGAGAUGAGAGAGCUACUCUAUGCUUCACUUGUGUUUUUAGUGGAAACCUCUCCCGUGCCUUUGACCUGUGUGUUAUUUGAUCAAAUGAUUCCUCAUUUGAAUGACAUUCCAGCCAUUUCUGCCGUCAAUACUAUGUACGAUAUGAAGUUCUCAGGGGGGAGCAUUUAUCGGCAAUGCAAAAUAAUUGUGAGUAAGAAUACAGUAAGAUUUUGAUUGGUUAAGUUUGAUUUCACUGAGAUGAAGUGAUAACGGCGUGUUUAGGGUCCAAACCACAUGGACACAUAUGUCCUGAGCAGCAGAUAUUCAGUUCAAAUCCCGGCUGGAGACCUCGUUCCCUGACUCUCACCCCCACAUUUCCAGUCCCUAAAAUCAAAACUGCAUGAAAUCAAAUCUUCGCAAAAGGCUCCACUUCUAUCUGAUUAUAAAAAUCUGAGUUUAUUCAGAAUAAUCUUGAGAAGGUGCCAUGAGAGCACUCCAUUUUUAAUACUGUCAUUUGCCUCAUCAUGAUGCUUUUGUCAUCUGAUGAAGUGCACAGAAUUCUGUUCAUAUACUUAAAUUACCUUAGUAAGGAGAUUUUUUUCACUUAAGUUACUUUCCGGUGAAAUCAGAUUUAUUUUAUGGUAGUGUUGCUGCUUUUAUAUGACUAUUUAGAAAGAAAAUUAGGAGAAAAUGUACAACAUAAAAUAGCAAAUGUCCCACUUGUGGAUGUAUAACUGUACAAGUCUAACAAGAGCCUAAAAUACAUCAACUCAAACAAAAGAAAUGUUAAAAUCAUAAUUUUAUAAAGGAAAAAUAUAUAAAACUGUCCAGAUACACAUUCUUAAGUUUCAAAAUUCUAAAAUUUUAUUAUAAAUUUACCCAAAUAAUAACAAACAAAGGCUUUUAUGGCGUUUGCAAUCAGCAAAUGUGGUGUUUCCCCCUUGAAAUGUUAUUAUGCAAUGUUUAUAAAGUGUAUUUUCUCAUUGAUGUCUGUAUGUUUAGAUUUUUUUUAAAAGUAGUGCAUGUAGUAAUUUAGAAAUAGAAAAAGCAGGAUAAAUGAAACUCAACAUUACAAAUGAUAUAUUCACACACAAGAUAUAUCUCCAUCCUGAAGAAGCUAAACAAUGCAGACAAAACAUCUAAACACAACUUAAUGCAACACUUCUGUCCUUUUUUUAAUCCUCAGUUGCACAUAUGCAAAUCAGCAAUAUUAAAAUGUACCACAACAGGAUCUUGCAAAUCUAAUUCCUUUUUACUAAAACACUGUGUACAUGCAGUAAGUAUUCAUGGUUUGCAGCAGAAGACUUACACACUGAACAACAAAAAAAGCACUGGAAAGAGAAUUCUGUCACCUGCACCAACAAGUCAUGAAUUUAAAGCCUUUUUUUUCCCGGUUCAUUUUCCUGUUUUCCUUCCAAUGUCAUGGACAUGUUGCAGGAUUAAAAUAAAAUACUUUUACAGGUG